UUUGCCCUCUGUUUGGAGCUACUUGGCUUAUUGGCUUUAUAUGAGUACCAUAGUGGCUUUAGUGAACUUCUUCACACAACUUUCCCUUUCCACCCACACAGUUUUAUUUGAGGCCCUUAGUCAGUAGGCAAGCAUGUUUGGAACUGGCCCCAGUACUUUGCAAGGGCUCGUGUUGCAAGGCAGUCACGGAUGGGCAUUUGUAGUUAUAAAUACUUGACCACUCUCCAGGGUGUGGUUUUCAGUCCUUUAAAGCAGCUAAGUUGCCUGCUACCAAGCCGACUUUUGGCUUCCAGUGUAGGAAUUGAUUGCUGUAGGACAGCUUUGCUGAGGAAGAGGUAAAAUGGAACACAAUGGUUCUGCUUCCAAUGCUAGCAAAAUCCACCAGAAUCAAUUGUCAAGUAUGACUGAAGAUGAAGACCAAGAUGCUGCUCUUACGAUUGUGACUGUGCUGGACAGGGUGGCCACAGUUGUGGACCGUGUGCAGGCAAGCCAGAAGAGAAUAGAAGAGAGACACAGGGAAAUGGAGAACGCUAUAAAGUCUGUUCAGAUUGACCUGCUGAAGCUCUCACAGUCACACAGCAACACCGGCUAUGUCGUUAACAAGCUGUUUGAGAAGACCCGGAAAGUCAGUGCUCACAUUAAAGAUGUGAAGGCUCGGGUGGAGAAGCAACAGAUCCAUGUAACCAAAGUUGAAACCAAGCAAGAAGAAAUAAUGAAGAAAAACAAAUUCCGCGUGGUAAUAUUCCAGGAGAAUAUCCAGUGCCCCUCAUCCCUGGCUGUGGUUAAAGACAGAAGCCUGCCUGAGAACCCUGAGGAGGACGAGGAAGCCUUUGAUCCCCCGAUAGAACUCUCAUCAGAUGAAGAAUACUAUGUUGAAGAAAGCAGAUCUGCCAGGUUUAGGAAGUCAGGCAAGGAGCACAUUGAUCAUAUCAAGAAGGCAUUUUCCAAAGAAAACAUGCAGAAGACCCGGCAGAAUUUUGACAAGAAAGUGAGUGGAAUUAGAACUAGAAUAGUCACUCCUGAGAGGAGAGAGAGGCUGCGGCAGUCAGGAGAGAGGCUCAGACAGUCAGGGGAGAGGCUCAGACAGUCAGGGGAGAGAUUUAAGAAAUCGAUUUCAAAUGCUGCCCCCUCAAAGGAGGCUUUUAAGAUGCGCAGCCUUAGGAAACGGAAGGAUCCCAAGGCUGAGGGCCAGGAGGGAGACAGAGGAAUGGGUGUGGACGUCAUCGCAGGUAGCCUGGCUCUGGGGCCCAUACAUGAGUUCCAUCCUGAUGAGUUCAGUGAGACAGAAAAGGAGGUGGACAAGGUAGGGGACAUUCUCCAAGAAGGAGGGGACCCCCCAACUCCUGAGCCUUUGAAGGUGACUUUUAAACCUCAGGUGAGAGUAGAAGAUGAUGAAUCGCUCCUGUUGGACUUAAAGCAGUCCUCAUAGAGAGGCAUUAAGUGUGAGCAGCAAGCUCAAGUCAAAAUAGUGCAGUCAUUUUAGUCAC